GCCCUCUAUUGGACAAAAGGACUUAUAGCCCAUACGGCUAAAAAUCAAAACGCUACCUUUGAAUUAAAAUGCAGGGUUUGUAAUUGACAUGGUGAAAUUGUAAUAACCCGAAUACACAGCAAUUUAACACAAUUUUGUUUUGUGAUUGUAGUCUACAGUCACAUUGCAAUGCACAGGAGGGAGACAUAUGUUUUCCUAAUAUUUCCAAUGCAAAUGGUAAAAACGUGUUUACACUGGAUACACUUUCAUUACACGCCGGGGAUGAAUUCAUAAAAUAUUUUUCAUUGUAUUCAUGUCACUGCGUCGCCUAAAAUAACGAACAUUAUAUCAUGAUAUCGACGUAUCGCUGGCAGGUGUCCAACAAUCUGGAUAAUUAUAGCGUUACAUCAUUUGGUUUAUACCUAUUAGAGAACCCCAUUCAUUAAACAUUUUUAAGGGGAAAAAAAUGAAAGAAAAAAGCGACGAUGAUGACGUCUGUCAAGUUGUUCCCAAUUUGACCUCCAGGUGGCAGAAGUGCACAUUUACAAAUUAAGAGAAAAGACGACCGUUUUAUUCCGCUAAACGAUAUUCUCAUUGUAGUUUGCAACCGUACGUGUUGCACCAAACUCCGUUUCACCACAAACAACAAUAGGCCUACAACAUAUACCCAUAUUAACAUAACUGUGCUGUACUGUCUAUUGGGAAUGCGUUUCACAGGUCUUCCACAAUCUUUGCUUGAAUUUAUCAUUUGUACUCCACAAAAACAGUGUGAAGGGGGUGUUAAUCCACACUAGGUCCUUUUGCUGAGACUGAUGCAGGCCACUGCACGAGUGCAUUUGAAAUGUCAUGUGACUAAUGAGAUGAGGACAUGUAAUCCAAUUAGGAGAGAAGCAGCAUGCUAAGCUUAAGGCCAGGUCACGGUAUUUUUAUUAUUUUGGAAGUGGAAGCCUCACGAAGGAAAGGGUAAAUAAAAGAGCUCUUCUAUCUCAAAGUGCUCCAUCAUGUCCAUUCUCAAAAUUCACGCUCGAGAGAUCUUUGACUCCCGUGGGAACCCCACAGUGGAGGUCGACCUUUACACUGCUAAAGGGUUGUUCAGGGGAGCUGUACCAAGCGGUGCAUCCACUGGAAUCUAUGAAGCCUUGGAGCUGCGGGAUAAUGAUAAGUCACGCUUCCUUGGAAAAGGUGUCUUACAGGCAGUCGAGCACAUUAACUCAUCUAUUGCACCUGCACUUGUUGACCAAGAUGUAUCUGUGGUCGAGCAAGAGAGAAUCGACCAGCUGAUGAUCGACAUGGAUGGCACGGAGAACAAAUCUAAAUUGGGUGCCAACGCCAUUCUGGGUGUGUCGCUGGCUGUUUGCAAGGCAGGUGCAGCAGAGAAAGGAGUCCCUCUAUAUCGUCACAUUGCUGACCUUGCAGGAAACCCCAAGGUCAUCUUGCCUGUGCCGGCCUUCAAUGUGAUCAAUGGUGGCUCCCAUGCAGGCAACAAGCUUGCCAUGCAGGAGUUCAUGAUCCUUCCGGUUGGCGCGGGCACCUUCAGGGAUGCCAUGCGGAUUGGAGCCGAGGUCUACCACAAUCUCAAAAAUGUCAUCAAGAAGAAGUACGGCCAGGAUGCCACCAAUGUGGGAGAUGAAGGUGGCUUUGCUCCAAACAUCCUGGAGAACCAGGAAGCACUGGAGUUGAUAAAGGAGGCCAUUGCUAAAGCAGGAUACACAGACGAGGUUGUGAUUGGCAUGGAUGUGGCAGCCUCUGAAUUCCACCGGGAAGGGAAAUACGACCUGGACUUCAAGUCUCCCGACGAUCCGUCUCGCUACAUCACUCCUGAAGAGCUGGCUGACCUCUACAAGAGCUUUGUGAAGGAUUAUCCAGUGGUGUCCAUCGAGGACCCAUUUGACCAGGACGACUGGGCGGCGUGGAGCGACUUCACCGCCAGCACCGACAUCCAGGUCGUCGGAGACGAUCUCACUGUGACCAACCCGGCUCGCAUCUGCAAGGCUGUGGAGGAGAAGGCCUGCAACUGUCUGCUGCUUAAAGUCAACCAGAUUGGCACCGUAACCGAAUCUAUGCGAGCGUGCAAGAUGGCCCAGGAGAGCGGCUGGGGAGUGAUGGUGAGCCAUCGCUCUGGAGAGACCGAGGACACCUUCAUCGCGGAUUUGGUGGUCGGCCUGUGCACUGGACAGAUCAAGACUGGGGCACCUUGUCGCUCUGAGCGUUUGGCCAAAUACAAUCAGAUUCUCAGAAUUGAAGAGGAGCUGGGAGACAAAGCUUGUUUCGCUGGGAAAAACUUCAGACAACCUUUGGCAGAGUGAAUUUACACCCAACAAAAACCACAGGAAACCCCCCAAAACAUUAUAAACCUAUAGUUGAACUGCUGAAAAUAAAGAUGUUUUUUUUUUUUAAUGUGAAGUAAAUUAAGAUUAAGAUGUAUUCACACUACAAGAAAGGCUUCUCUUGGCGAUCUCGUUAAUAAAAGACAAAGAUGUC